AUGGCCAUCAUCAACGAUGAAGCGUGGGCUGAGGGGGCGGAUGAAUAUAGGGGCCAGCGAUUACUCCCCCAUGUGAUCGAUUAUUAUGCCCACCAUGAACCUGAUCGCGUGUUCGCCUCGAUCUGCAAGUCGGGGAGUCCAGAUAAUGGCUUUGAGGAUAUCACAAUGCGCUCAAUGGCCACCGCUGUCAACUAUAUGGCGUGGUGGCUAAGCAAAAACUUGAAAAAAGGCAGCAAGCGACGCACUCUGGCUUAUAUUGGCCCGAGCGACCUGCGUUAUACAGUCAUCUUCGUGGCCGCAAUCAAAUGCCGGUGGAGGACUUUCUUUCUAAGCCCACGAAACCCUAUCACCUUGAAUAUUGGUCUCCUGCAACAGUCGGACGUAUCCGCGCUUCUAUAUGCGGAUACUGUACGAUCGCCCGCCAAGUCCCUGCAAAAGUUUGAUCCGUCGAUAUCUUGCAAGCAAGUGCAGUCAAUGGAAGAGAUAUUCAAAGCUGAAUCGCCUCCAUACCCGUUUAAUACUUCGUGGUCAGAAAUAAAGGAUGAGAAUUGCCUGGUCUUACAUUCAUCUGGGUCGACGGGCCCGCCAAAACUGGUCAACUACACCCACGCCACACUCUCCUGUACAGAUAACGAUCCAACUAUCCCCUUACCGCCAGGAAGACGUGCCCAUAAUGCGGGGAUGUUCAAGUUUGAUACCCCGGGUCGUUACUACUCAUCCUUCCCGAUCUUCCAUCUUGCCGGCAUCCUAGCUUACAUUCUCAUUCCAUCCUUCUUCCAAACUUCUACUGUGGUGAUUGGCCCUCCGCAUAUUGCGCCGAGUGGUUCUCUGGUAGAUAUCAUUUUAAAAAAACAGAACGUUCGAGCCCUUUGGUUACCUCCGCCAGUCAUCGAGCAAUGGAUCUCGAACCAGGCCUCUAUCAAACAAGCAGAAAAACUCGACUUUGUGGCAUAUGGCGGAGGAGUAAUGUCAAAGACAGCCGGUGAUAGGCUCAACAAGGCAACCGACGUGUGUCAAGUCUAUGGCUGCCUCGAGGCUGGUCAGGUUCAGUUGCUGAUUCCUAAGCGAGGAGACUGGCAAUACUUGGAAUUCAACCCAGCCGAGGAAUGCGACAUGCAAGAAGUGGAUGAGGGCGUCUAUGAAUUGGUGUUCCAUAACGACAAAAAGUUCUACGGGCGCCGAACUCUCUCCCACACAUUUCCAGGCGUGAAAACAUGGCGAUCUGGAGAUUUGUUCAUUCCUCACCCCACAAAAUCUGGUCUGUGGAGCUUCCACUCUCGCAAAGAUGAUAUCAUUGUGCUAGCGAAUGAUCAGCGAGUAUGGCCUAUCCCUAUGGAAAACAUCAUCUCCGGCGACCGUCUCAUCAAUGGGGCUCUCGUGGUUGGAAAUGGCCGUCCCGAGGUCCUUUUACUUGUGGAGCCAAGAUCGUCACCCGAGGUAGAUCGCAUGAGCAAGAAGGAGUUUAUUGACGCUAUUUGGCCAAUCAUUGUGGAAGCGAACGGUAUUGCGCCCGCCCAUGGCAAGAUUCGAAGGUCCCGAAUUGCACUCAGCCAACCAAACCUGGGAUUUAUCCGAGCGCCUAGGGGAACAAUCGCACGCAUGCCCACGGAGUCAUUGUACUCCGAGUAUAUAACCGCAGCCUUUGUUGACGGCACCACGGAUGAGCAAGGUGAGAUUGGGAUUCUGGAAAAUUACUGGACAGACGAAGCCAAGAGAUUCAUCGGAUCCGUUGUUAAUGACAUCCGUCCCGACAUUAAGAUCAGAGAGACCGAUGAUUUCUUUGUCCUUAAAGCCAUGGACUCUUUAUCAGCUUUGGAACUCGGGCAGAAGCUCAAACUGGGUCUAUCUGGUCGCAUGGACAAGGAGAAGAAUACCAUCGACUUCUGGAUGCGGACAAUUUUCGACAAUCCCACUAUUGAUGGGCUUGCAACUGCCACUAUGGAUGCAGCCUUCGGAAAGAGUGAACCCAGCCAAUUUCAAAAAAGAUUUAGUGUCGAUGGGCUCGUAGAGGAUCUCAUAGCUCAGCUCCCUGAACCGAUGGCAACCAGCCCACCCCCACCACUCGCCACAGAAGCGAUCAAAGUGGUGCUGCUCGGCUGUCAAGGGCGCCUCGGCCCAUAUCUUGUGAAAAGCUUACUUGAUGAUGACCGGGUAGCCGGGAUAAAGUGUCUGGACCGCGGACCCAACGUACGAGAAACUUUCCAAAUGCGUGUCGACGAGCUAGCCCUCGGCAUUGACUCCAGAAACCCGAGAUUGCAGUUUGUGUCGAUCGAUCUCUCCAAACCGGCCUUUGGUCUACCAGAGAGGCAUCUAAAGGAAAUCUGCAUUUACACUGAUGUCAUCAUUCACGGCAUCUGGUCAGUAAACUACGCUCUGUCACUAGCGUCAUUUACACCGGAAAUCCUCAAGAGCAUAUUCACCACCAUCGACAUUGCAAAUUGCGCCACAUCCCGCCCGCGGGUCGUCUUCACCUCUAGUGUCGCCAGCGUACACGCGUGGGCGAAAGUCAUUUCCCCCAGUGUUCCUGUUCCCGAAGAAGUGGUGAACUGCACAGAAGUAGCAAUGGACAGUGGCUACGGACAAUCAAAACUGGUAGCAGAAAGAUUCCUCGCUGCAGCAGGUGCCAAGCUCCAAAUUCCGAUCUCAAUUCUUCGCUUGGGCCAGAUCGCGGGGCCGACUAAAAUGGAAGAAGGUGGCAAGUGGGAUAGUCGGGACGCAUUACAGUCACUAGCUAUUCUCUCCAGGGCCAGUGGCCUGGUACCCACCAACUCAGCUCAACUCAACUGGAUCCCGGUGGAUGAAAUGGCAAGCGUGAUACAAGAGAUUGCUUUACGCGAGAAGCACGAUGAUCACGACACAGGGACGCCCAACGUGCAGGUCUAUAACAUUGUGCAUCCGCGACCGAUUGCAACAAUGAGAUUCUCGGAGGUUUUGCAAAAGGUUAUUUCCUCUCCGCGGUUAGUCGGGUACGCCGAAUGGGUCGAGCAUCUAUCUAGUCUUUCGCCGAACAGCUUAUCAAGAGAGGCGGAGGAAGAGAGGGCUCGGGUUUUGCCUUUCUUUCAGACUAUUGUCAGGGAGGGCUCUGCUAGCUUUGUUAUUGACAAGGCUAUGGCGGUCAGUCCUACCAUGUCUGGAUUGGGACCUGUCAAGAUAGAUUCGAUUGUGGAGUGGUGUGAAAAGUGGACUGAGACUGAGACUGAGACUGAAGAUGCGUGA